UCCAAAGUUUCCGUUGGCAUUUGCCAGCGUGAAAAGCCGAUAACCGGCGUCGGCGGCCGACUCCGGGUGUCUUCCCGUCCGAUACAUGCCACCACUCCGGAAGCUUCUAGAAGCGGCCGCUGCAGCCUCUACCCCUCUCGCCGCCGCGCACCUCCACGCCCACCUCCUCCGCUCAGGCCUCCUCCACUCCUCACACCACUUGACCGCGCACGUCCUCGAGUCGUACACCCCGGGCCUCGCCCGCGACCUAUUCGACGAAAUACCCUGCCCGACGCCGCGCCUCGCUAAUGCGCUUCUCCGCGCCCACCUCCGCGCGCGGCAGUGGCGCGCCGCUAUCCUCCGCGUUCCGCGGCUCCGAGUGCGCCCGGACGGCUUCACCUUCCCGCUCCUGCUCAGGGCCUGCGCCAUGCUCCCGUCCCUCGCCCACGGCCGCGCCGUGCACGCGGUUGCCGUACGCUCUUGCGCCGCGUCCGAAGACGCCUUUGUCGCUGCGGCGGUCGUGCAGAUGUACGCCAGGUGCGGAGACAUGGUCGGGGCCGUCAACGCGUACGGCGCGUUGGAGAAGUCAGACGUUGUGCUCUUGACGUCCGUGGUGACUGGCUAUGAACAGAACGGGCUGGCCAUGGGGGCAAUGGAGUUCUUUGCAAGGAACGUGGUUGGCCGGGGCGUUGUGCCAACUCCGGUCACGCUUGUGAGCGUGAUUUCGGCAGCGGCACAGCUGGGGGAUGCCUGGAAUGGGCGGGCGUCCCACGCGUAUCUUGUUAGGAACAGCUUGGGGUAUAAUCUAGCUCUAAUGAAUGCUGUUCUUGGGUUUUAUGUGAAAAUUGGUGAUGUCCAGGCAGCUAGGAGGUUGUUUGAGGGAAUGGCAGAUAAGGAUGUAGUUACUUGGAGUAGCAUGAUCAAAGGAUAUGUGCAAUCAGGAAACGCACAUGAGGCAUUGAGGGUGUACAGGGGGAUGGUUCAGGUGGGUGUCCAACCCAAUUCUGUGACUUUGGUGAGUAUUCUGCAGGCUUGCGCACUUGCUGCGGAUGUUGAGGAAGGCAAGAGCAUCCACCACAUUGCUGUCAACAUGGGUUGUGAACUUGAGGUGGGUGUUGCAACUGCGCUGGUUGAUAUGUACAUGAAGUGCUCAUGUCAUGAGGAGGCGAUGCACCUCUUCCAUCGGAUGCCAAACAAAGAUGUGGUGGCUUGGGGUGCAGUCAUUAGUGGCCUCACACAAAAUGGUCUCCCUGAUGAAUCCAUCCAAGUGUUCAAAUGCAUGUUAUUGGAUGAUCAUGCUCCUGAUGCGGUCACAAUGGUGAAGGUACUUAAUGCAUGCUCGGAAUCUGGUGUUGCUCGCCAAGCUAUCUGUCUCCAUGGCUAUUUGGUUAGAAGUGGUUUCGAUAAUAAGGUGUUUGUAACAGCUGCACUUCUUGAUUUGUAUUCAAAAUGUGGAAACUUAGAUAGCGCUAUCAGGGUAUUUGAAAGUACCACAAAAAAGGAUGUUGUUCUGUGGAGUUCAAUGAUUUCUGGUUAUGGAGCCCAUGGCCUUGGUCAGGAAGCUGUUGCCUUGUACCAAAAGAUGAUUGCCUCAUCAAUUAAACCCAACAGUGUGACAUUCAUAUCAGUGUUAUCAGCAUGCAGCCACUCUGGCCUGGUUCAGGAAGGAAGACAAAUUUUUGAUAGCAUGACUCGAGUUUAUGGAGUCAUGCCAAAUCCAGAGCAUCAAAGUGCUAUGGUUGAUCUCCUUGGGCGGGCCGGUGAACUUCAAGAGGCCAUAAAGGUCAUUCAUGAAAUGGAUGGGAGAGCUGUUGCUCAUACUUGGUGUGCCUUGCUUGCCGCCUGCAGAGAACACAACAACACUGAGAUGAGCGAAGCAGUUGCUGAGAACCUGCUCAAGCUGGAUCCUGACCAUGUUGGCUACUACAGUCUCUUGGCCAAUAUUUAUGCAUUUGAUGAGAAGUGGGAGAGUGUAAAGGAGACAAGAGACACGGUGCGAGGUAGAGGUUUGCAUAGAAUGCCAGGUUACAGUGCAGUUGAGGUCAAUAAUGUAGUGCACACAUUCACUGCUGGGGAGAGGCCUCACCAAGAUCAGGAGAAUAUCUAUACAUUGCUCUGCGACCUGUCAAGAAAACUGAGAGGCGAGGACUGUUCCUUUCAACUAGACACUGGCUUAGUAUUUGAGGAUUCUGCUCUUUUCUGAGUUGAAAUUGAUCCUUGAAUCAUUGAAUGUACCUCAACUGAUGCCGAACUUCUAGAAGAAAACUGGCGGAGGAAAAUGGCAUUUACAAAGGUACUCCAAAUUCUCGAACAUGCAGCUGAUCUGCGUGUGCGGGUACUCCGAAUUGAAAGAAAAACUUCAGGCUGCAUUUAAGCUGGACUUCGCAUUCUUAAGCUAGGCCUGGAUAGGACUUUGAUUAAGAAAAAGGUACUGCACAGACCGGAAACACGCGGCGGCCAUCAAGACUUCAGAAAAACAUUGCAUCAUGUGUUUUCCACAAAUUGGACACUGGAACAAAUUUCAUAGCUGCAUAUCAGCAAAUUUGCAAUCAGCACAGUCUUCAAGACCAGGUGUUCUCAUGGUUGCUCAUUGGAUGUUUCAAGGAAGAUGGUAACGGUAACAUUGUUCUAUCAAAUCACAUGGAUAUCAUAGCUAUCUCAAUGAGUCAUUUUUGUGUUGGUACAUGGUGUAAUGUCUCCACAAACCGUGACUUCUGAGUUGUUCUGAAUGACACACUAGCAAUCAGUUACAAAUGUCAAACUACUAAUGCUGCUAAUGCUACGGUAAACUUGACGCAAUGUCAAUGCUGUGGUCAAGCUCGACAGCUCGUCCUUUUUUGUACUAUGUGAAACUUUGAGGCAGUGUCCAACUACCCGAAAGAUCACAGUAAAAUGUGGCAGUGGAAGUACCCAUCUGAUGUCUGCAGGUGCAGCUUCUUUGUUGUU